AUGAAUCCCAAUCUCCUUUGGAAGAUAGGCAGCGGCUUUGUCGCUACUGGCGUGAUCACUGGCGCGUUUGGGGCCCAUGCUCUCUCCACCCGGCUUUCACCUGAGAGCUUGAAUUCUUUUCGAACGGCGUCAAGUUAUUCAAUAUUCAACGGGCUUGCGCUGCUUAUUAUAUCAACGCAUCCACGGUUUUCUGUUCACCGUUUUGCGGGGCCGGCAAUUGUUGCAGGGGCAACCGCGUUCUCUGGCAGCAUUUUUGCGCUGGUCUUGAAUCGGGAUCUGAAGUUUCUUGGUCCUGUUACGCCGCUCGGAGGGUUGCUGAUGAUUUCAGGGUCAGUCGCUGACGAUGCGAAACGUCCUACUUUCCUCACUCUUCACAGCUACGUUUCGAUGAUCUUCUGA